UGAACAGCCACGUCUUUUGUAAUUAAAAGAUCUAUUAAGACAAAUAAUUUCGUCGAGAAUUGAUUUUAAAUGAUUGCCGUCAGGAUUGGCUUGGGUAUCCUGUGCAACUUGUAACGAAGCAGCACUUUUAAUACAGGUGUGUGUUUGUUGCACCUCAGCAUGGCUGUGGUCAUCCGUUUGCAGGGUCUCCCCAUUGUGGCUGGGACCAUGGACAUACGACAUUUCUUCUCUGGAUUGACCAUCCCAGAUGGUGGUGUGCAUAUUGUAGGGGGCGAACAUGGUGAGGCUUUUAUCGUGUUCGCCACAGAUGAAGAUGCAAGGCUUGGGAUGAUGCGCACAGGGGGGGCAAUCAAGGGCUCCAAGGUGUCUCUGUUACUGAGUAGCAAAACCGAAAUGCAAAACAUGAUUGAGCUGAGUCGUAGGCGUUUUGAAUCUGGAAGUGCAGAGGUUGCCACAGGAAAUGGCAGUAGGCCAGGUCCACCGGUCAGCACAGGUGGAAGUGGAAGAGGCAACUUGUCAACCACUGCACAAAGCUUUAGCAAUACAACUGCAACUACAUCCACUACAGCAGUCUCGGCACACGAGUCUGCCAGCAACAAAACUGUCCCUACAUUUUCAACCACUACCAUGGGAAGCAUGCCCCCAAACUUUAAUAAUUUCAGUAGCCCAAAUCUUAGCUUGGGGUCCACUAUGACAACUGCUAUGUCAUCCAUGAACUCUGUACCUCCCCCUAUACCUCCUCUGCCCACCAUGCCAACUUUGCCUCCGAUGCCCCCCAUGCCAGUACCACCGCCAGUAUCCACACUGCCUCCAAUGCCAGCUGUUAAUCCCCUAACGUCAGUGCCUCCGGUCCCUCCCAUUUCACACAUGCCACAUCUGUCUGCCCUUCCUCCAUUUAACCCAGGUGUCCCUCCUCCAGUUGGAGUUGGUAGUUUAGCUUCUGGUCCAUUGUCUCUCGGAAAUCCAAAUUCGAUGUUCCUAAAUCCCCUGAACCCGCUAAACCCCCUCAACCUUCAACAUAAUUUUAAAUCAGCACCAACAAACCCAGAUGAGUUGUAUGUUUAUCUACAUGGGCUUCCUUUUUCAGUCAAUGAAGGUGAAGUUAGAGAUUUUUUUCAGGGACUUGGUCUCGAAUCAGUUCGUUUGCUUAAAGACAACUUGGGAAGAAACAAUGGCAGGGCAUUGGUAAAAUUCUACUCGCCUCAAGAUUCUUAUGAGGCUUUGAAAAGGCAUUCAGGAAUGAUAGGGCAAAGAUUUGUUCAAAUUUCUCCGGCUACAGAGAGACACUGGAGAGAAAGCGCAAACAUGGUAAAUGCCAAAGCAGCUAGUGACGCAGAAUUUAAUAGACAUCGUCGCGGAAGUACCAACUCGUCUUCGCCCUCCGGCCGGGAACGAGCUAGGUCUCGUUCCCCCCAUAACUCCGAGUACUGUGUGUAUUUGAAAGGACUCCCGUAUGAGGCAGAGAACAAGCAGAUCUUUGAGUUUUUCAAAAAUCUUGAGAUAGUUGAAGACAGCAUUUACAUUGCAUAUGGACCCAAUGGCAGGGCAACUGGUGAGGGAUUUCUGGAGUUCAGAAAUGAAAAUGACUACAAAGUUGCCCUCGGAUGCCACAUGCAGUACAUGGGUAGUCGAUUUAUACAGGUGCACCCCAUUACAAAGAAAAACAUGUAUGAAAAGAUAGAUGGCAUUCGUAAACGAUUGCAGGGCGAUCACAAAGGCUCGGAAGGAGGAAAAAAUUCUAAGAUUUGCGCUCACAUAACAAACAUCCCAUAUAACGUGACAAAAAAAGAUGUCCGUCUGUUUCUUGAUGGUAUUCAGCUGUUUGAAGAAAGUCUUAAGGUGCUAGUUGACGCUAAUGGUAAUGGUCUUGGUCAGGCUAUUGUGCAGUUUAAGUCUGAAGAUGAUGCACUUAAAGCUGAGAGACUGCAUAGGCAGAAAUUAAAUGGCAGAGAUGCUUUUGUGCAUUUAAUAACUUGUGACCAGAUGAAAGAGGUUGAGAGAAAUCCUCCUUCACAGUCUAAAAGAGGACAGAAAUCCCAAGGCAAUUCCCACGCUCAUGCACACCUACAGGCCCCGCCCCAAGUUCUACAACCCCCACAUGCUUUUCCAGGUAUGACAGCCGACGAGUUCGGCUUUCUCAGAAAUGCUGUCGGAACGUUUGCCAACGGUCCCCCAUUCGUAAACCCUUUCGCAGCCCCAGGUAACGGACUAGCAGGUCCACCACCUUUGCCGCCACUUGGUGCAGCCUUGGGCGACGUCUCGCUUACUGUUCCCUUACCAAGUCCUGUUUUAGAGCACCCUGGUUUCAGACCUGGUGGCAAUGGUGUGCCAACUGGCUUUGUUGGUGCACCAGAGGCCUUAAGGGGUAUGCCGCCUUUUGAUAACGGAUCUUCGCGUAAAUCUGCAGGCCAAAAUCGUGGCGGGAACCAAGGUCAAAGGCCAGCCUCCGAAAACCUUAGAGGACCAUCCAGCGGUGGUCCAGGUAAUUCACGGCCUACUAUUGUCAAAAUUCAAAACAUGCCCUUCACUGUCACAGUUGAUGAGAUUAUAGAUUUCUUUUAUGGCUAUCAAGUGCUGCCUGGUUCUGUCUGUUUACAAUUUAAUGAGAAAGGUUUGCCCACUGGGGAAGCAAUGGUUGCUUUUGACUCCCACGAUGAAGCAACGGCUGCUGUUAUGGACCUAAAUGAUAGGCCCAUUGGGGCGAGGAAAGUCAAGAUUACUUUGGGGUGAAAAACAUCCUUUGAUGCAGUUUUCUAAAUAUCUGCUCGAGUUGUUUUUAUGCACAAAAAAAGAAACUGACCAGUAUUAGAUUUUUUUCCUGGAUAUGUACAAGAUUGUGGACGUUACAUGAUGCAUGAUACAACUGAGUCCAAUGUUUCUUUUAAAUGCCUAUAACAGCUUUGUGAUAAAGACUUCAAGCAAAUCAUGAGUUAACUUAUUACACAUCUGCUAACCUGAAAUGUGGCGUCUUUGUAGUAGUAGUAGUAGUAGUAGAGGCUAUAAGCUAUGCUGGUGCAUAUAAGUUGGCAAGUAUGCUUAACUCUGAGAAUUUCUUUUGUGUAUCUGCUCAUGUUUGAACAUUUUACUCUAUACAAUGUUUCAUCGUGCUGCAUCCAUGCAUUUUCUUCUGAUGUACAAACCAAGUGCUGCCAAGCAUUUUGUGCAUAUCCACACUUCAUUUAAAAUGUUUGCUCUCUGCUUAAAGUUUUAUUCUCUGUCAAUAAAAUGCAAAUGUUAGUGUUUUCUGAAUAUCUGUUGCUGUCACACCGCUGAGAUGCCAAACCAAUUCUUUACUGUAAAUACUAAGCGGGUUCAUCAAGCAAACGCGGCAUUGUAAUGUUAUGUAUAUGAACGCAUUUUACUGUCUUUGCUUUGCUCUCUUCACAAUGUGUGCUGUGGUGUUUAAUACGUUUUCUUCCUUUUUUUUGGAUGCUUGGUUUUUUUAGUGUUGCCGAAUCGGAUGAGUUGUUAUUAGUUUAUUUUGACUUUCCAGCGCUUGUUUCCUUGUAAAUACUUUCCAGCUGAACUAUUUUGUCAAUAAAAUGCCAUUCCUGAAACGAUGACACUUCAAGAUAUUGUGUUCUCUCCUGUCCACGUUUUUUCUUUGUUCACAUAUGAACAAUAAAAAUGUUUUGCUGCGACUUUGUUGUUUCCCAUCUUGAACUGCAUGUUUCAAAUGUUUCCAUUAGAAUUUUUUAUUACAGAGAUCCUCAACAAAAAAGUGCUGAUGUGACUCAAUAUAGCUCUAAUUGUUUGCCUGUUGCAUUAGGAUGACACGACUUGAUUUAAAAUGUAAAAACGUUUGUCCUAAGGCUUUCUUAGAUUGCAUUGUCUAUUUUUGAGAUGAGAUUAAAGCAAUUAAAGGGAAAGUUCUCCCAAAUAUGAAAAUUCUGUCAUUAUUUAAACACCAUCAGUUUGUUGUAAACCUGUAUCAGUUUCUGUGUUUUUCUAAACAGAAAGGAAGAUUUUUGUAAUCAAGCAGAAAACAUAAGCACCAUUGGCUUCCAUGGUAGAAAAGAAAAGUACUAAGUCAAUGGUGCCUAAAAUUGGUUUGGUUACAAACAUUGCUCAAAAUAUCUUCCUUUGUGUUCAGCAGAACAAAAAAUUAUUUUAUAUACAGGUUUUGAUCAACUUAAGGGUGCAAAUGAUGAAAGAAUUUUCAUUUUUGGGUGAACUAUCUCUUAAAUAAUGUUUCAUGCUGUACUGCUUUCACAGAUAAAUAUGUCUGUCAAUGUUGAUAUAGUUAUGGUCUUUGAAGUGGAGAGGCUUAAAUUACAUUUAAUUAUGGAUUUAAGUUACUCUGCACAGCAUAAAUCUUGUUAUUUAUAAAACAUUAUUCAAAAUCAUAAGUUUUAUAGAUCUAUAAUAGAUUAAAUGCUCCAGUUGUACCACUGGUGUCUGUAUGCACAUGAGACAUUUAAAAAGGCACAUAUUUUGAAUUGGCUUGUGUUAUUACUUGGUCCUGAUUUUAUUUUAUUAUUGAAGCAAUUCUCAUGAAGACUACAUUAACAAGAUGUGUUUUGGCUAUGGACGCUAUGCAGUGGUAUGUCGUAUAAAAGUUUGAUCAAAUAGUACAUGCGUAUCAUUUCAGUUUAGGUUUUCACCUCAUUGUUUUUCAAAGCUAUUUGCACUUCCUCUAUGUAUUUUUAUCAAAGUGAGUCAUUUGGGAUUGCCUUAAAAUGCUCUUUUUCAAAGCUUUGGAUUUUUUCUUGCACUGGGCCUGUUUUGAUGCGCACAAGUUUGUGAUGUUUCUGUUUGGGUUAAGCUUUUGUACUUUUUGUGAAGUGUUUUGAACUCUGAAAACACAAGAGGGGUGCCUUCUAUGUUCUCAAGCUUUGUUGACUAGCUUUUAUAUAUUAAUUGUGCCUUUUUUGAUGCUGAGACUUGAUUCCUGAUGUUGUUCAGGUAAGUUCUACUCAGAGCUUAGAAGUUUAUACCAAAUUUAUUAGUUGUACCACUUUUUUAAGUGUUGUGUGAAAAAUAUAUAUUUUGGCGAUUUUGAUCAUCUGUGUUUGAUGAGUAAGUAAUAGGAUAGGAUAGGAUAAUAAUUGUCAUAAACAAUAAGUGAAUUCUUUAUAUUAUUCAAGACUAUUAUAUAGAUUUUUAAAUCUUAAACGUUGUGCAGUUUUAUGCUGGUAUGAUACAAUAUAUUUGCAUUUUAAUCCCAGUAACAGGCCUGGGUUUACAGGCAGGGCUUAGAUUUAAGCCUUAGUUAAAUAAGACAUAAGUAGUUUUUUUUUAUAUAAAUGUGCCUUAGAAACUGAAGAUUACUGGUGUGCAUCUUUAGGAAAAAAAUUGUUUUGAUAUGUUUUAAGGUAUGUCAGUGCAAGUUGUUUUCAGUUAAGACCGCUCAAACAUACAUUUUGGUCUGGGAUUAAGCCUGUGUGUGACUGAAUCAUUAACGCUGACGUGAAAGUGUUGGAUCUGGCAAAGCAAUGUACUUUUAAAUACAUACAGAAGGAUGUAUAUUUUCAAUAGUUAUUCCGUAUAAUUUUGAAAAGCAGCUUUUACUCUAAAACGACGGCAGAGCCCGUUAAACAAGGUACAAUAGUCAUAUAGAAACGCACACUCGUUUAUUAUCCGGAUACUAAUGACUUUGUUAUGAAACCUGUAUUGCCAUGGAGACAUAGCGGUGAUGAUUCAAACGGCGCUGUGGUUUCAGUUGAAUGAUUGACACUUGCAUACGUCAGGUUAUGGUUUAACCAGUCAGGACUAGUCAGUGUGCUGUAGAGCUAGAGAACAAAGAUUUACGUUACCUCACAUACAUAAAGCUCCUAGUUGUUUGUACUAUUGGGCGUCUGAAUAUGAAUUAUGUAUGACUACAAUGAAACUAGUUUAUCAGCUCAUGCAGCCAUUAAAAAGCUAUUAUUAAACGGGUAUUUUUGUAUGAUAUACAUUUUGUAAACACGUAAGUUACACCUGUAUCAUUGCACGCUUCAAAAUGCCCUCCCGGCUACAAAUGACUUUCGUUUCAUAAGUUUACUGUGCAGGUCUGCUGGCCUUUGAUUUCGCAUUGACGGUCGGUUUACAAAGCAAAACUGUUUUUUAGGUUUCUUUAUGUAUUAAAUGUCUUAUGGGAUGGACUGCGAUGUCUUAUGUGCAUGUGUAUCUGCCGCCAUGUGUGUGGAAUUGAAUCUUACUGAAUGGGUUGGGUUGGUUGCAUACGCUGUGUUCUGCCCUGCGGGGCUUGUACUGUGAUUGCCAAGCGCUUGACCAAUGGUUGCGCAGUACAGCUGGUGCUUUGACCAAUAGCGUUGCAC